AUGUCCCAAACCGCCUUUCGUGAUAGUCUGCCUGAGCCGAGCUGUUGGGUUGAUGAUCCGAUUGCAAUCAUUGGCCUCGGAAUGCGUCUGCCAGGCUCCAUCCGCACUCCUCAACAGUUCUGGGAGUUCCUAGUAAAUAAAAGGAGCGGCCGCUGCCGAGUCCCUGAAGACCGUUACAAUGUGGGUGCUUUCCAUGGCCCAAAGGGAAAGCCUGGCCAUGUCUGCACAGAGUAUGGGCACUUCCUAGAUGUGGACCUCACCACUUUGGAUAGCUCUUUUUGGUCACUACCGGCAAAGGAGCUUCCGCUUCUUGAUCCCCAACAGCGGCUGUUGAUGGAGGUGAUCUAUGAGUGCCUAGAGAGCAGCGGGACGGCCGACUACAAAUGCAAAGACAUUGGCUUGUAUGUAGGCGCGCUCGGCGAAGACUGGAUGGACAUUCAGACUAGAGAUCCCCAGAGCCCAGGAAUGCACUUCGUCGCUGGUUACAGCGACUUCUCACUAUCUAAUCGGUUGUCAAAAGUGCUUGGCCUCACUGGACCGAGCAUGACCAUUCGCACUGCCUGCUCCUCUUCUAUGAUGGCUUUACAUGCUGCUUGCCAGGCUCUCUAUUCAGGUGACUGCUCCUCGGCCGUGGUCGGUGGUAGCAAUCUUAUCCUCUCGCCCCGCAUGACGACGACUAUGUCAGAACUUGGCGUACUGUCACCAACUGGAGAAUGUCGUUCCUUUGAUGCCAGAGCAGAUGGCUACGGGCGUGGUGAAGCGGUCAACGCUAUCCACAUCAAGCGUCUCUCCCAAGCCCUACGCGACGGCAAUCCAAUCCGCUCAGUGAUCCGCUCAGUUUGCAUCAAUUCAGAUGGAUCGCGAACUCCUUUGUUUGUACCGAGCCCUGAAAGCCAUGAGCUUCUGAUUCGACGUUGUCACUAUCUGGCUGGUAUCUCGGACCUCUCUCAAACCGCCAUGAUCGAGUGUCACGGGACUGGUACAAAGGUUGGCGACGUCCAGGAAGCCAGGGCCGUGGCGAAGGUGUUCGGAGAGCUUGGAGGUAUCUUAAUAGGAUCGGUAAAACCUAACCUCGGACACAGCGAGGGCGCGUCAGCCCUCACUAGCAUGAUCAAGAUGGUGUUGGCGUUAGAACACCAAACGAUCCCUCCAAACAUCAAUUUCUCAAUACCUAACCCUAAGAUUCCGUUCGAAGCUGCUCGGCUUCGUGUCCCGGUAGAAUGCGAACCAUGGCCGAGAAAUAAAACGGAGCGAGUUGGCCUCAACGGUUUCGGCAUUGGAGGAGCAAAUGGGCAUUACAAGGUCCUCCUAGAGUCUGCCAGAUCUGUACUGGGAGUACCAGCGGAUACCAUGGCAAGUGAUUGCGGCCCCAGGCUGCUGGUCUUUUCUGGAACACACUCCGAAUCGGUGAAGCGCAGCAUCGCGCAAAGCCUGGAUCAUUUGGCUAAAAGCCCCGCUGACGUCGCAGAUGCUAGCUACACUCUAGCAUGCCGCCGCCAGACAUACCCCAAUCGCGCGUUUGCUGUCGGGUCUGUCGGGUCUUGGGAGAUUUCCCCGGUCCAGAAAGCUGGACCGGCGGAUCUAAUCUGGGUCUUUUCCGGUCAAGGAGCACAGUAUCCGGGAAUGGGCAGGGUCCUAAUCAACACUAAUGCUAUAGCGCAGGAUACGAUCCGGCACUUGGAUGAGGUGUUGGAUGCCAUUGAUCCUGGAAGAUCCUGGACCCUUCGCGAUGAGCUACUUCGACCAGAGGCUUCUUCACGGUUGUCUCAGGCCAAGUUCUCCCAGCCUUGUUGCACUGCCAUUCAGAUUGCCCUCGUGGACGUGCUUCAAUCCCUGAAUGUGCAUCCCUCUGCCGUGGUGGGCCACUCGGCGGGCGAAGUUGCCGCCGCCUACGCUGCGGGUGCGUUGACUGCUGACGAAGCCAUGACCAUAUCUUACCACCGGGGCCUGAUUGCGGAUCAGGUUGAGGGUUCUGGAGGCAUGAUGGCUAUUGGCUUGAGCCGAGACCAGAUCGCGGCUUUUGUGGCCAACAACGUCACCAUCGCAUGUGAGAAUAGCCCUAAAAACGUGACUAUAAGUGGGGACCUAGCUGCGUUGGAAGCUGUGGCUGUUGAACUGCAACGCAAAUACCCGGAAGUCUCGAUCACGCGCCUGGCUGUAGGCUGCGCCUAUCAUUCCGGCUACAUGAACAAGGUGAAGGACAACUAUAUGGAGCGGCUCGCAGACUUGCGAGUCGAAGCAAGAAAGCUCUCGGCCGUGUUCGUUUCCUCCGUCACAGGAACCCGUGUGGAUAAUGCAGCAGAGCUUGGCCCUGAAUACUGGUGUUGUAACCUCGUCUCUCCCGUUCUUUUCUAUGCGGCCAUUGGCAUUGCCGCUGCCGAGCUACUCAACCCGGUAUUCCUUGAAAUUGGACCGCAUUCAGCUCUUUCCGGCCGUCUGCGUGAUAUUGCGCCGUCAAUCCCGUAUAUUCCGACCCUGGUCAGGGGCGGCAAUGCACAAACUUCUUUCCUACGUACGGCUGGACGGCUAUUUCAAUUCACCUCACUUGACCUCUCCAGUCUAUGCGCUGGGCGGGCCCUUGCAAGUCUGCCGCCGUAUCAAUGGCAUUACGACGACCGAUUCUGGUCCGAGUCACGACUUUCCCGAAACUGGCGAUUCCGUCAGCAUCCCCACCACGACAUACUAGGCUCGAAGAUCCCCGACGGUAACGACACCGAGCCUCUCUGGCGGUCUCUCAUUUACCUAGAUAAUGUUCCCUGGCUGCGGGACCAUAUCAUAGACGGAAAAGCUGUCUUUCCCAGAUCUUGCUAUAUCUCAAUGGCGGGCGAAGCCAUCCGUCAACUGACUGGACAACCUGACUUUUCCUUGCGGCGCAUAUUGUUCCUGGAAGACUCUACAUUGCACGAUAAGCACCCUACUGAGCUCUUGACGCAGUUUCGACCUGAGCAAGAUACUGGGUGGUAUACUUUUACUGUCACAAGCCACUUCGAGGGCACGUGGACAAAGCUUUGUACCGGCCAGGCUCGAGGAGGGUGUCACUUUCCUCUUGAUAUCACGCAAAUCCGUCCAGGGCAUCGGAAGAUCAAGCCAGGCGCCCUUAACCAUGCAAUGAAGAGGCUAAGAGUCAAAUAUGGGCCUCGUUUCAGCGUCAUGGAUCAAAUUGCUGUUAGCACGACAACUCCAGAAGCGACGGCCAAGAUUGCGGACACGCGCGAGAAGCAGGAGAGCACUUAUACCAUCCAUCCUUGCGUGAUUAGUUCCAUAUUCCAGCUAUUCACGGUUGCCAUGGCAAAAGGUCAAUAUAUCGACCGACUUGGUACGCCCACGUACAUUGAUGAAAUCUACGUGCGAUCUUCGGCUGGUUCGCUCACUACCCAAUCCAUUAUCUCAGCCAUCCAGGGAAAAACAUGCUUUGGUAAUGCCUCAGCCUUUUCUAACGGCAAUCUAGCAAUUUCCAUACGCAAUGCGCGGCUUUCUCUAACAGACAAUCGCGAUAGUCGUGGCGCGAAUCCCCAUGCUGGCGCCCGACUUAUUUGGCAGCCGGAUAUUGAUGCGAUAAACAUGACUGACCUAAUCCGACCUGAUUGCGACGAGUCGGCCACACAAGGGCUUGCUUUGGUUGAGGAGCUAGUUCUGGCUUGCAUAAUUGAAAGUGAGCAGCAAGCUCGCAACAUACAAACACUCCCGCACUUGGCCAAGUAUCACCAAUGGCUAUACCUACAAAGACGGCGCGCUGAAUGCGGAAACUACGACCACGUCCCAUCGUGCCAGGGUAUUGCGUCGAUGUCUGGUCCAGAUCGGAGGCGCUACAUGGAUGAGCGUUAUCGAAAGGCGCUCAAUACCCCAGCGCGGCACGUGGCGACUGCGGUUAUGCGCAUAUCCGAAGGGAUCAUCGCCCUGUUCCAGAGCCAGGUUGAGUCGUUAAGUUUGUUGAUGGCGGAUGACUUGCUGUCGGCUAUCUAUGAGUUUGGCCUCUGCGACUUUGCUGAUUUCUUCCGCGUCCUUGCUCACAACCGACCCUGUAUGCGCGUACUAGAGCUCGGAGCAGGAACUGGCGGCGCGACUGCUACGAUCCUACCAGCAAUGCACGGUCCCCACGGAGAACGGCUGUAUCACCAAUACACAUAUACUGACAUCUCGUCCGGGUUCUUUGAACGUGCUCAGCAGCGUUUUAGCACUUACAGUGGCAUUGAGUACCGAGUACUAGACAUCACAGUCGACACAGCCGCUCAAGGGUUCGAUGCGUCCUAUGACCUUAUUAUCGCCUCCAAUGUCCUCCAUGCCACACCGAACCUACAGCAAACCCUCAGCCAUGUGAAAGCCUUGCUCAAGCCUGGCGGGAAACUCUUCCUCCAAGAACUCGCUCCCACCACCAAAUGGAUCAAUUACAUUAUGGGCACGCUUCCUGGUUGGUUUCUCGGCAGAGAUGAUCGACCGUGGGAACCGUAUGUGUCGCCGGAGCGAUGGGAUGCGGAGCUACGUGCCGCUGGGCUGUCUGGAGCGGAUGCUGUGGUUCAUGAUGGCCAGGUGAAUGCUCAUAUAAUUUCAUCAUUGCCAGAGGUACCCACCAACCCAGACAGACGUGCCACCAUUCUUUGCGAAGAAGGCUCUCGGCAUCUUAACCAUGUCCUGUCUUGCCUCCACUCUCAGGGAUUUGUAACUGAUACGCGCUAUCCGGGAGACAAACUACCUAAAAGCAAAAUGGUUAUAUCAUUACUGGAACUCGAUGGUCCGCAACUGCACGGUGUGGAUGAAAACAAAUACCUAGUAUUGCGAGAUCUUCUCAUGUCUCUUAACAAAACACCAAUGCUGUGGGUUACCAGGUCGUCUCAAGUCAACUGUUCAGAUCCACGUUACGCAGCGACACUUGGCCUGUUGCGGACAGCUCGCAGGGAGCUUGGGCUUACAGUUGCUACUCUGGAGUUAGAUGCUAUCAAUGAUAAAUCACUCCUGGCUGUGGUCGAGGUGGCUGAACGUCUCCGUAAUGUUGAUCCCGAGUCAUCAUUUGAUCCAGUGCUAGAGUAUUCUUAUGCACGCGGAAUACUGAUGGUUGGCAAGCUCUACCCAGCGGUUGUUAGUGAAGAACUUCUUGAUAACGCGCCAAUCGGAGGCAAGAAUGCAGCAACAGCAGUGCUUCGAGUCACAAAGCUCGGAAGUAUUAAAUCGCUCACUUGGGAACGCAAGUCAGUUGACACAUCCUCAUCUGUCGAGGAUUGGGUGGAGGUCGAGACGCGUGCUAUUGGCAUCAAUACCCAUGAUCUCCUCGUUCUCAACAGUGCUCUUGAUGCGACCUUGGGUGCUGAAUGCGCUGGUACCAUCCGCCGAGUUGGACAAGGAGUCAAGAACCUGCGCAUCGGCGACCGAGUUAUAGUUUUGUUUCCCGAAUCUGGAGCGUUCGUGUCACGUUUCAUCACCAGCGAAAGACUCUGUACUCGCAUGGCUCGUGAUCUAAGCUGGUCUGAGGGAGCCACGAUGCCCUAUGCCUUUGCUACCGCGCUAUACGCGCUGAUUGACGUAGCGCGCUUGAAACAUGGACAGUCUGUUCUGAUUCAAUUCGCCUGCAAUGCAUUCGGUCUAGCUGCUAUCCAGAUCUGUCGCAUGAUCGGAGCUAAUACAUAUUGCACGGCCGGAAGCGACGCGGAAGUGAGCUAUCUGAACCGGCUGGGCGUUAUGAAAGAGCACAUAUUCUCCUUCAAGGAUAACGCCUUCAUCCAUGGUCUGAUAGCCGUGACGAAUGGCCGUGGUGUCGACGUCGUCCUGAAUAAUACCUCAGGCGAAUUGUUCCACACAUCCUGGAACUGUGUCGCCGAAUUCGGUACACUGGUAGACCUGCCUCAAGGUGACUUCGACAAACAGCUACCCAUAGAUGCCUUUCAAGGAAACCGCUCUUUCUCCGCAGUUAAUGUUGCCCAGGUGGCUCCAACCCGACCAGAGAUCAUCCAGGGACUACUACGGCGAUGCAUGCACCAUUACGCUUUGGGAGAACUAACUCCGCUACCAGUCCAGGAGUUCCCAGCUGACAGAGCGCAAGAUGCGUUUCGUUGCGUGGAAGCUGGAACUAUGGAAAGAGUCGCCGUCAUCAUGCCUGAGGACCUGUCUUCGCUGCAUGUGAAACUGGACCGCAGAACGCCGUCCUUCCGUAGCGACGCUAUACACCUUAUUAUUGGCGGUUUAGGUGGGCUUGGGCGCUCUGUCAGCUCCUGGAUGGCUUCUCAUGGUGCGCGGCAUUUCGUUUUCUUCUCGCCCUCUGCAGGCCUGAAAGAGGAAGAUGAUUUUGUCCUAGAGCUUCGUGCCCAGGGCUGCCGCGUGGACCUUGUGUCGGGCGAUAUCAGCAAAGCUGAGGACGUUGACGCGCUCAUCAAAGGACUAAACAACAACAUUCCCUUGGCUGGUAUACUGCAAGCAUCCAUGGCGCUCGAGGAAGCUUUCCUUGCGACCAUGUCCUUCACCCAAUGGCAAGCAGCAUUCGCACCAAAAUGCCAAGGGACAUGGAUCAUUCACAAUGCUCUGCUCAAACACCGUCGACGGACCGACUACUUCCUUCUAUUCAGCUCGCUGUCUGGGCUAAUCGGGCAAACCGGUCAUGCCAACUACGCAGCUGGAAACGCCUUUCUCGAUGCAUUUGUACAGUACCGCCAUUCACUUGGCUUGCCUUGCUCGGCGAUUAAUAUUGGUGUUAUGGAAGAUGUGGGGUAUGUCAGUGAGCAAGCACAUGUCAUUGAGCAUUUCGUUGCUACGUCGACCCAUACCCUGCAUGAACGGGAUCUCCAUGAUGCGAUUCAGCUGGCGAUUGAAAGCUCUCUCCCUUUUUCGCCGGAGCCAAAACAGGAAGCGGCAUGGCCCUCAUAUGUCAGUCAAAGUCAGAUUGUAAUAGGUUUGCGCAGCACGGCUCCACUGGACGCGGCGAGCAACCUUGUAUCCUGGCGACGCGAUCCGCGCAUGGCCGUUUACCAUAACCUGCACCAAUCAGCCAAUAUGGACACGUCCUCAAGCACGCCUACCACCGCCGACGACCGGAUCCUCGACAACUUCCUUCACCAAGUCAAGCAUCAACCCGAUAUCCUUAGGCAACCGGAAUCUACUGAUCUUUUGAGCAAGGAGAUCGGCAAGACUCUAUUCAACUACAUGCUACGCGAUCACUCCGACUUGGAUAUAGAUGUCCCACUCACGUCUCUGGGUGUUGACUCUCUGCUCGGUAUCAAAUUGCGCGACUGGCUCAAACGGAAGGUUGGAGUUGAUAUCAAUGUGGUGCAGAUUCUGGCGAGUGGGAGUCUACGCGAGCUUGGAAGGGUGACCGCGGAGUCUAUGGCCAUGGCCGCAUCAGGGAAUGCAGAGGGCACAGUUGACGUUGCUGGCGGUUCGUCCGAACCUUAG